AGUUGCUGUUGCCUCGAGAUUUCCACAACACACCUCUUGCCAGCUGAGCCAAAAUGAAGGCUCUAUUUUGGCUUUUCUGUGUGUUGUGUUUUGUUUCUUACCUCUGUGCUGUGCUCCAAAUUCCAAGACAGAGUUUGAGUUCAAGCCCAUUGAUUGGAAAUCUAUCACCAGUGGACAGCUACAUUGAUAUACCAUGGCUGGUAUCUAUGCCUGGAAAUUGUCAGGGUAUUGUCCUGACUCCAUGGCUGAUACUCUCUACAGCUAACUGUCUGAAGAAAUCGAAACUGUCACACCUGGACAUUUCAGGAGUAAAUGACCCAGAAAGCAUUCCACGUGGCCAAAGAAUUUGCCUCCAUCCCAAGUUUGAUCCUAAAGAUGAAAACGAUCCACUGAAAGCGGAUAUUGGCCUGGUCAUUCUUGAAGAACCACUCUAUGGGGACGAUAUACCAAUAUCCCAGUCCUCUAAUAUAUCCUUGAAAAGCUGUUCCAAGUGCCAAUACAGAAGCUGUAAUGUGUAUGAAUAUCAGAGUAGCAGGAAGCUUGGAACCACAACAGUAAAGAGGAUAGCUGUGCAGCUGCUAGACUUCUCAACAUGCCACCAUCAGCAUUCCUAUCUAGAGAAGACUGAAGGAUUGUGUAUUCAGAGUCAACCACGGGAAGAUUGCUGGAUACAGAGAGCCAGUCCUGUUCUGUGUCUCCUAAAGAACCACUGGGAACUGGUAGGCCUCACACACAAGACUUCAAGGAUAUGUCAAAAUCCCACUGUCAUCAUUAGAACAUCUCCCUACUUUACCUGGAUGAAACGAUUCAUCAAAGCAUCUAAGAAGUUACUGAAUCCAACUUCCUCCUUACAUUGUAGGACAUCACAGCAAAUUGAGCAUGUUCCGCAGAUCAGACACAGCCAUAAUUAUAUUCCAACCGCAGCCUCUUCUAAUUCCUCCUUGAAGCCUUUGCAAAGAAACUUGGGCAUUUCUCCACAACUCAAACAUAUCAAAUAUUUACCAACAGUCUUAAAGUUUAGUGACACCAAUGGCCACAAAUUGUUCCUUGAUAACAGCAACACCCCAGAAGCUAUCAGGCUUCCAGCUGAGCAAAUGAAGUUAUUGCCUGGUGCCAGACUUACAGAAAAUUCUGGACAGAAUUUAAAUCAAGUUACCUCUCUACCUAAUGCAGGUAAUUUAUAUACAUAUCCAUUACCUCAGCUUGUUUCUGAAACAGCUAUGCCAGAUAAUUCUCCUAAGGCUGAUAGAGUGAAACCCGGGGAUUUUGCAGGGGACAGUCCUGAUCAGUCUUUUGAUAAAAUCAUGGCAGAUAUAAUUAAACAAUGGAGUCCAUCAGCAGAUGAUGGAGUGGAGCCUGUGAAUUCUAAUGACACCAAUACAACUGAUGAUUCUUGGACAGAAAAUGCUACUGAUUUAGAUGACUAUACAAACAUUUUGAAAGCCAUUCAAAACAAAUCUCAACAUCAAAACACAACUCAGGCCAACGUAGCACCAAAUUUUCCUUCGUUUGAUAAAGAGGGACCCUGGGAAUUUUUUACUUCAAGUGGAUCUGCUACCAAAACAGGUAUGCCCAUUGAGUCCUUACUAAUAAAAAAACCUUUUGAUCUCCCUCCUGUUGAAAAUACAAGGAUUCCCCAACCAAGUGGUACAAUUGAGCCCUGGAGUUCUCCCUCUGACUCUAAUGCAAAUUCUCAAGAUCAACCAGUUAUUGAUUCAAUAAGAGCUAAGAAUCAUCGUGUGUCUGAUGCAGAUAGACUCCAGAUUGUACCAAUGGCCAAUGUAGGUAUAUCCUCAACUUCUAAAGCUGCUACCUAUGCAUCUUUGCCUAAUGGUCUUCAGUCUAAAAGCCCUCCAUACCAAAUUUCAUUCAGUACACUAUUAUCAAAAGGCCAGUCUUCAUUUAAGGACAUGAUACAACCUACAGCUGAAAUUCAACCAUAA